AUGCGCCCAGCCAUGCGUAUCCCCCUGCGGGAAGCACUAUACGUGUGCUCAAACUGCAGACAAACCACAAUUCCCCGUGUGUCACCGCUCGCCCGCCAAAUCCAGCGCAAUGCCUCUUCCGACUCCUUCCUCGACCGGACUCGACGCCGACUCUGGAACACAGAAAAGCCCCCGGGCGCAGAAGAUCCGUACACCGGUACAUCUCAAUUGGUCCGGGAAGAGGGCGGUCUUGCCGCAGGAGAGACUCAGGGAGAAUCCCUGGCGUCGGGCUCCGAAUACGUGCAGGCCGAGACCUGGCAUGGAUUGCCUAUUAUUGGACACACCAAGGAGCAGAAGUGGCUGACCGAGGGCGUGAACCGGGAUACUGAUAUCUACACCCGUUACGAUGCCGAUGUCAAGGUCCGACCUGUUCCUCUCGCCGCUCACCAGGCUGCCGUUGAGAUCUGCUUAAUGAAGAUCCUGGGCAAGCCCCUCACUGGCAUCUGCGCCAUUCCUACACACAACCCCAAGAUUCAAGAGAUGCUUGAUAACUGUGUUGUCUUGGGCUCCGAGUCCCUGAGCACUGCCCUGCGCUUCCCCAACAAGAAGACCAUGGAGGCGCUUACUUUCGUCUUUGCUCAGAUUGGCGAAACUACCGGAACUCCCGUUGAGUCAUUGGAGGAGUUCAUCCUCGAGCAAGAGCCCGUGAAGGACAUUGCACAAGGACCCCACCAGGCUCUCUCAUUAACCGACUCCGAAAUUAAGUUUGCCUUCGCUAAGCGUUUCUCCCAACUCGUCGGUCGUCGCAUUCCAGACAAGAUUAUCAGCUCCUCCAGCACCAUUGGAGAGUUCGUGUCCGGCCUUUCCACCAGACUUAAGGAGAAGCCCAUCAACGUCAGCCGAAAGUUGGCCAAGUUCAACGCGGCUGGUUACCUCCCGCCCAACCUCAAAUUCACCCGCAGACGUUUGACCAAGGCUGACACCGACGAGGAUCUUGGCCGAAAGAAGACCAUCUCCGAAGAAAUGUACAACAAGGGUCUGGUUUUCGUCCAGGAUAAGAAAGCAGUGAAGCCCGGACGGUUCCUUCCCUGA